UUUUCGCUGUAUUGAAACCAUUUAAUUAUACAUGUAACCAUAAAUCAUCUACAUUCAAUAUUUGGUUACAGGGACUUAUUGAUUAUGUAUAAUCGGGUGUAAUUUAUGAUAUCUCUCCAAUUACAGGCCAAUUGUUACUUUUUGUUUAACCAGAAUGACGGAAAGAGAAGCUUAAUUAUUCAACUAUGGACUUUAUUCUAGCGGUUGAAAUCGGUAAAAAGGAAAUAAUUGUUUCAGGCGUAUAUAGAGUACAGCGACAUUACAAAGAUGUCUAAGACUAUGCUACAUAGGGGAGGUGAGGAAUGAAGCGAUUGCUAUGUAUUUGACAAUUUCUUUUACAUAUUAUCCAAUCUGGCUUUUCCACUGUGCACAAUCGAACUGAAUUAUGCUUUUAUUUAUCGCCUGUCUAUGAAUGGAGAAUAUUGAUUGAUUAGAACUGGACUAAAAGGCUGGAUAAAAAGAAGUAAAAGUUGAGGAGUUUUGUGCAACAAGUGCCCGAUCUGGUCGAGUUAUAUAUCAGCAAAAUCACUGAAAUUGUUCAUAGGGUUUAUAGCCACGUGUCUAAAGGGACUGAGGGGUGUGUCACUAUUCAUCAACCCCGGGGAAGUCAGUGGAUGAAGCAAGGAGGGUUUGAAAAACUACAAGAUGAGUGAGCUGUUGACAUGAACUCCCCUGUUUUACUGGUAUGGACCUUCCUUUCAAUUCUGGUCUCCGCCCUCGGAACCUAUUCCUUCAUCCAACCCGUCUGGAUCAUCACUCCAAAACAAACGGGAACCUUUGGACUCAUCAGCACAUGCGUCAGAAUUUUGGAUUUAACCAAUCAGGAUUUUGGCAAACAAAAGUGUGAAUUUUACGGCGGGUACUUUAAUCUGGGUAGCCUUCCAUCCGGGGCCUGGCAAGCCUCCUGUACACUGUUCGGGGGCGGUUGUAUUCUCUUAUGCUGUGGGGCAUUCCUGGCCGUGUGCACAUCAUGCAUUCCAAACGAAGCGGUCAAGUCGGUUACUGUCAUGGCGGGGUAUGUCCAAUUUAUAGCAGUGUUGGUGAUGAUUGCUGGCCUGUUCAUCUAUCCUCUGGGGUUUGAUUCUAAGUUUAUCCGGAAACACUGUGGAGAGAAAUCCCUCAUGUACAACAGUGACCAAUGUGAGAUAGGCUGGGGCCUCGUUCUGGCCAUCGUGGGGACAGCCUUGGCCAUGUUCUGUCCAGUCCUCUCUCAGUACACAGACAUGCAAACCACAGACCUUGUCUGAUGCCAAGCAUCAUAAAACUCGUAUUAUGCAUUUAUAUAAUAUAUGUCAUUGUGUAUACAUGUGCUCGUUAGAUUUCAUUAAAUAUUUGGAAACAAUA